CAGUUGGAAGCUAAACCGCUGUUUAAUUCGGAAGACUCUUUGGCUCGGCUGCUCGCCGCGUCUGACAAAACAGGUUCAGACGAGAAUUCUCCAACCCAGACGUGUGCUCAAACAGGACCGUUAUGGAGGAGGAAGCGGCAUCCCCGACAGGAGGCGACGCGGAGCGCCCGUUUGCCGCCGACACUUACGCCGCCGAGUCCUUGGCAGCGGACAUGGACCCCUGGAUCGUGUUCGACUCCAGAAAAAAACCCAGGUCGGAGUUUGACGACUGGCUGGAGAGCAACAGGCCUUCGCGAGUGAGCAGAUACGGCGACGGGGAGCCGGGCGCCAGUCCCGUGGGCUGGAUCGCCGUGCGGGGCCCCAACUACCGCUCUCAUGGCGGGGAAGUGGAGGCCCUCCAGGAGAGCUGGGAGAAACUGGUGGCCAGCGGGCGAGCGGUCAACUUUGAGAACGUCAAGGAGCUGGCGCUGAACCACGGGGUCCUCUCGGGCAAGUGGCUCAUGUACUUGGACGCCGGCUUCAAGGUGGAUCACGCGUGGGAGUCCGUGGCCAGAGCCACGGCGGACGGCCAGAUUUCCAGCGUCAAAGUCAGCCCGUACGACCCCGUCAAAGGAGGCAGGCACGUCAUCUGCGUCUACAACGACGACUUCACCGACGAGAGCCAAGUGGUCCAGCUGGACGCUUGCAUCCGAGCUUCGGGCGUCAAGUGUCCUCUGGCCUACAAGCCGGACGUCUACACGUACCUGGGAAUCUACCGCAGCAACCGCUGGAGGCUCUGUCCCACCAUCUACGAGAGUCAAUUCAGCCUGGAGUGUGUGCCCAGGCGCUCGCGCAUCAUCAACAAAGUCACCAACCUGGACGUCACCUAAGUGUGACGAGAAAGCGCAACAACAAAAGAAGAAUCCGGUCGCUCCCGAAAUUUUGCAAUGGGGAAUCCGUCGGAGUGAGUUGAGGCGUUCCAUUGGAUCAAGGAGUGAUAUUUGCGGCAGGAUCUCCUUCCUGCCUUGCCAACUCCACAAAGGAGCCGCUUGACUGUGUUCACAGCCUGCAGAUUUCUGUGCAUUUUCAAACCCAAAGCAUUGGUUCACGCAGCUUUUGCCAGUUGCCAAAUAAAGUUCUUGCGGAG